AUGGUUUUCUCUUUUACAAGUCAAGUUGUAUCGCCGGGAGUGCCACUGUUUAUGGGAGUGGACAAAUUUGAAAAUGAAGAGCUCAUCAAGUGGGGUUGGCCGGAAGAUGUUUGGUUCCAUGUUGAUAAAGUGUCUUCUGCACAUGUCUAUCUGAGACUUCGCCCUGGACAAACAAUUGAUGACAUCCCCACAGCAGUAUUGGAAGAUGCGGCCCAGUUGGUGAAAGCGAACAGCAUUCAAGGCAGUAAGAUGAAUGAUGUCGAUGUAGUUUAUACAAUGUGGACAAACCUGAAGAAAUCAGAUGGAAUGGAAGUUGGACAAGUUGGCAUCCACAAAGAGAAGGAGGUAAGGAAGAUACGGGUAGCAAAGAAGAGCAAUGAUAUUUUAAAUCGUCUUAGCAAGACAAAAAAAGUGACUGAUCCAGACUUGCGUGCAGAGAGAGAGAGAAGAGACAGAGAAGAGAAAGAAGACAAGAAGCGACUUCUAAGGGAACAACAUGAGAGAGAGAAAGAAGAAGAGAGAAGAAAGAAGGAGAAUGCAGAAUUAAGAAGCUAUAGUACGUUGAUGAAGACUGAGAACAUGACAACCAACACUUCAGGGGAUGGCAAUGAUUCAGAUGACUUCAUGUGAAUUAGUGGAUCAGGUGUUAUUAUACUCAUGGGCAGUGUCUGGUUCAAGUUCAUGGUACAGCACAAAGCAUCUCUUCAGCUCCUGAUUAUGUCACAGACAUAGAUGUGAACAUAGUUGAGGCAAAUUGUUGACUUGAAACUUAAUGUAAAAGGAAUAAAUUACUAUUAAUAUUUGC